UGAUUACCCGGGAUGUCUUAAACAAGGAGAUUUUCUUGGUCUGACUUCUUUAUAACACAAAUCCCCAAAGUGAUUGAUUGUGCGUCAAAACACACUGCUUGACGCGUGAACACGUGAUAUCAACUUGUAAACGGAACCAUUCUGAUAACCUGCUGAAAUCGCAACUCAAAAGAUAAUUUCGCUUCAAAAACAGGCCAUUUUAAAUGGAAUAACUCUGAGACGAUGGAACACAAGGCAAAUCUGGACGAGGAGGGUGGAGAAUCCCGGAGAACUGGGCAUGGUCUUUUCCAGGGGAUGUCAUUCUGGCUAUCCCAGAAUGUUCCCCAGAGAAGCAGAUUCAAGGAAAUCAUUCAGCAAAAUGGCGGCAUCGUAAAGCUCCUUGAGAAAGAUGCAGAAAUUCAAUUGGUAGAUCACGCCAGAAAAAAUCUCCCAGCCAACACAUUUUCUUAUCGAUUCGUGGAGACCUCAGUGCGGAAUGGAAAACUCGAAAACCUUGAGGCCUAUAGAGCUGGUCCUUCAGCAGCAAGGCCUGUAGGCGCGACUCACAUCCCGAGCAGAGGUCAUAGAUUGCCAUAUACGAUGCAGGAAGACCAGAUCCUAUGGGACUGGAUGCAACCGUACGAAAAUGACAAGAGUGCUCCCAUUUCAGGCAACAAAAUCUAUCAGGAUCUUGCGGAAAAGUACCCUAGGCACACGUAUCAAUCAUGGCGAGAUCGGUAUCUGAAGAAGCUUCGCGGACACUCACGUCCAGGUGGCCCUGCGGAACCCACAGAGGCCCUGCCCCCAAGUGACGAGCCUCGCAGCAGAUCCCCUCUUACACCCACACCAAGAAGUAACGCAACGACUCUGGGGGCCGAUCCAGAAUUACAUAGGCCUCGGGACAAAAAAAGAAAACGAAGUCCAGAACCAUCCAAAUCCAGCGAAAUAGAAUCGAGGAAUGGGAAUCGGCAACACACCACGACAGGUACACAAAACUCUCUGGAGGCAUCAGUACCUCCAACGUCCAUUACCCAGGCCGUAGAUGGCUCAGCCCAAUCACCCCCAAAUGCGAAAAAAGCACAGAAUAUCGAAAAUUCGGCCACAGAGAAUUCGGCCCCAGAAAACUCCAAGUCUCAAGAAGCAAUUGAUGCUCUUUUUCUCGAGCUCCCUUUCUUCCCAUCGAUUUCAGAGCCAGAACAUGACCAGGAAGUACCAGGCCAAGGCAUUGACGCGUGGAUUGAUGACUAUCUUCGCAUGGGGAAAGGCGUGAACGAAGACCAAAUCAUUGAGGCUCUACGUUGCACUAGUAUGGACCCAGAAUUGGCAGAUAAGGUUUUACUCUCUUUAAUAGCAGGGGAAGGAAUACCAAAUGACAUGCGUGGUGUAUGGACGUCUGAAGAUGACAAAUGUGUGGAAGCACAAGAUAGUCGAGAUAUCGAACGAGUUUUAAAGAAACACGGCUCAGACCUUUUCAAUUCUCGGUGGGAAUAUCUUAACAUGGCAAGAGAGGCAGGCCUUGAGAAAAACUAUGGCUAGUUUUGAAGGAGAUUCAGAUCACGCACACCUGGAUAUGUAUAUCACGA